AUGGACACUCCAAGCAGCGCUCUAUUACUCCACUCAUCGAUUGACAAAGAUCCAUUGAUGUUGCCGCAAGGAUACUCCGGUAUUUCGAUCUCAAUGGAUUGGAUAUUGACACAUGGCAUUAUAUUGAGCCCGAUUAUCGACAAGUCCUACGCAGUACUGAAUUUCGUUACGAACAUGGUACCGGGAGAACUCAUAACAGUGCCGAGAGAACUCCAGAAUGAGUUGAAGUUUCGAGUCUAUCACCAUCUAGGGAGCGAUGACGAUUCCCGAUCAAGCUCAUUAAAAGAACAUCACGGUAUGAUUGUGGCUGCUUGGCAGUGUCCGCUCUUAAAGAAGACCUUCGACGAGUUCUUCAAAACGUGGAGCUUCCCCAAGUCAUCCGAGGUCACUCGAUCACUACGAUCAAUAUUUCUGUUCAUCCGUAUCUACAAUUCCGGCGAAUCGAUCGUAGAAACGUCGCUUGAACAAGCCCUGUCUUGUCUACUGGAUCAGGUUCCACCGAAUCUUAUCCGUGGAUCAUCCGUGAUAAUCGAGUCGACGCCCUUCGGCAAUCCUGUGUUCGCCGGCUCGAUUGCGCACGGUGUUAUCAGUAACAUCGUUGGUGACGAAGACUGCGUUAUCAUGACGGACGCGUAUGCGUUUCCCGGUGGCGAGGGCGGUCCCGUUUACAUCAUCCCGCCGAACUGCAAACGCAGAAUUAUCAGCGGCAUGGUGAUAGCACCAUUGAGCUGGUGUCGCGGAGAAUGGGUGGAUUACACUUUCGCCGCUAAUCUUGCGCCUUGUGUGUUUAAUAUUUUACGGAAGAAGAAUCUUUCGUGUCGUCCGAUUACAUCUCAAGAAAAUGCAGAUGUGGCAUUAGAUAGAGGCGUCGUGCUCGUUAGAUGUGGAAUUAAUUGGGGUACAGGCGUCCUCGUACAUAAGAAUACUGGUACAUUCCUAACAUGCUCGCACGUUAUUGCGGAGGCGCCAGAAAGAGAGAUAUCGGUCGUAAUGAGGCCGGACAAAGCCAAUUCAUGUAUCCGGGCGAAACUAUUAUACAGAACGCCAGAGAAUCAACCCUAUGACGUUGCUGUAUUGAGGGUGGAUCCGCAGGACGUGGAUCCCUCGCUGAGAUCAGUACGGUUGUCUCGUACUGCAAUUUUAAAGGGCGAGCCAAUAGUCUCCGUAGGAUUUCCGUUCUCCUCGUGCAUUCGGCCGACUAUCAGCGGUGGCGUAGUCUCCAAGUCGAUGGAGUGUGCACUCCUGACGACCUGUUGCGUGCAGAGCGGUACCAGCGGCGGGCCGAUCGUCAGCCGUGCGACCGGGGACAUGCUGGGAAUGGUCGUGUGCAACGUCCUCUCCUCGGACGGCAGUAUGCUCUACCCGCGGAUGAGUUUGGCGGUGCCGGCUGCCACGCUGAGCGGGCCCCUACGGGAAUACUUGCGCACUGAUAAUCCCGAUGUGCUUCGAGCUUUCACGUGUGACGAUACGAUAGUACGCAAGAUUUGGGACUUCUAUCCUUUUCUACCAGCCAAACUGUGAAAAGAGGGCACGAGAUAAGAGCAUAAUUUAAGUUUCAGAUCCGCUCAAUUAAUUGCAUAAGGAACUCUUUGCUAUUCGAUCCGCGCUUUUUUAUAUCGCGUCUCUAUUGUGUCAUGGACAAACGUAUAGAACUAUUUGUAUUGCUGAACAUUUGUCUCUGAACCACGUUGGACUUGCCGAUUUCAGGCACGACACAUCGCGAGCUCAAUCUCGAGUCGAAUCUCGUUGAAUAACGUACGCCAUUGACCGAGUUUAAUGCAAAGAGAAAGUUUUUCGUGACGUCAAAUGUGGCGAUCAGUGUGCAAAGCGAUGCGAGUCAACGAUCCCUCAGUACACACGAUAUAUAAAGACACACCUAAUAUAAUAGUCAUCUUCAUAAAAAUCGAGAGGCAGGAUAAGAUUUUCGAAAGAUUAAAUCAAAUACGUGUUGAAUUGUUAUUCGUGUUUAUUUUACUUUUUUUAAAAUUAGGUAUAGCUAUAUGACGCGGUCAUAAUAUAUUGCCUUAUACACUGCACUCGAUGCUUACAAAAAAAUCACACGGUCAGACGAUCGCAGGUAACGUUCGUGAGGAGUGCAGGGUGACGAAUAAUCGAAGAUGGUUAAAAGCAAUUGCAAUUGACAGAGACUCAUCGUGUACAACAUCGUUCCACGCACACCGUUUCGUAUAUACAAGUUCGAACGAAUUUAUAGAUAUUGCUAGAAAAUAAAUUACGUUGUAUCACUAUUAAUUUUGCUCGCUCCUGGAUUCUCUCCUUUCUCUAAUGCACUAGGAAAAACGGAGGAAUCUACAACCUUAUGAACGCGUCUUUGAGAAUGACGAUAGUGGACGCUUCUAUGAUAUUAUGAUUUUAUAUUCUGUUUUUAUCUCUUAUCUUCCUUCUUUCUCUGCGCGAGAUAAACGUCCAGACGAAAAACGCGGGCAGCGCAGGAGCAAUUAGUAUCUUAAGAUCUGUCACAGUUGUACGAAUUUAAUUACGAUACGAAGAUACGUAAUAUAUUGAUAAAUAUAUAUAUUAUAUAUAUAUGUAUAUAUUAAGAUAUAUAAAUAGUACGAUCCUUUACACUAGAAUUAUACAGAUCAUGUAUAUACAUCAUGGAUGGAGUCUUCGUAAUUAUUGGAGCAUUUGAAGAGUUCUUUUCCUUAAAUCUAAAAAUUUUUUUCGCGCGACGUUUAACUUUAAUGACUCCUAUUGUCCCUUAAUCGAUCUAAUGAUUUUCAAUGCAAAAGUAAGAAAAUAGCGAGUGUCCGGCUUGUCGCUUGCGCAUCACUUCGCGCACACAUGAGGACUUUCGGGCAAUACGACGACGUCCACUUUGAUGAAAAGGACGGAGAAACGAUAAGCAAGUUUCAGAAGUUAAAUCUAAGUAUUUUGUUUGUCUUACUAGGAUCCACGGCCGGCACACCAACCUUGCAAUUCUCAAUACAAAACAACAGCAUUAUCGACGAGGAUGAUGCUUGGCGAUGAUGAUCAACCGUGCAUAUAGGACAUUCUAAAAGUCGCAUAUAUAUUAGCUACGCUAAUUAAAGGCAUUUAGAAGUGAACUUUUUUUUAAUUACUAUUCUAUACUGAUUUUACA